AUGGGAUCCUCAUCAGCAUCACCCUUUCAUUUGGAAAAUAUUGUCGAUGGAGAAACGGUGCACCAGCGCUGUGUACUUCUCAUCGGCCAAUGCCCAUCCAGAGAUGGCGAGAGAGCCGGAUAUAGUGAGAUAGAGAGCAUCUCAAUUUCCACAGCAGACGGCCUGGGAUCACGAUCUUUCCCCGUGCAAUCCUGGCCGAUUGCCCAAGGCCGUUUCAAGGCUUUGGUGAUAUUAUCACCAGGACCGAACCAGCUGACGGUGGAACAUUAUCGAGAAGGGCAAGUUCAAGGUACAAUUCAAUUGAAUAUCACCUAUGUGCCUCUCUUACAGCUACCGCCUCUCCAUCUCGCCAUUAUGAUUGCUAAGGACUCGCCACUUCUGAUCGACUGCCCGCAUUCGAAGAACCGUGGCAUCUCCACCGCCCAUGGUGAUCUGAACGCCGCAAUUGCCAAAUUCCGCAUGACGGCGUAUAUGUGGCAAGCAUUGACGGCAGAAGACAUGCGAUCCAAGGGCCUGGGACGACGGUCGUUCCGCCUGGAGGAGGAAUGGAGCACCGAUACGCUCAGCAGAGACUUCCUGAAUGCAGCGUACCAUGAGCCAUCGCUGUAUGAUGAAGAUGGCUGCAACGGGGCUCGUUCGACGGCUAAAAUCCACUUAGUUCGAUCAGAAAAGACCGUGAAAGAGCUGCGAGAUGCUCAAGUUGCCCAACAGAAUCUUGCCGCUCGCCGUAAGGACGAUUUGCAUGUAUACUUCAAGGAAGCCUUGAUCGCACAUGGGAGCCCAUUCCUCCCUUCGCAGCAUCCAGUUGUGGCGGGGCUUAUUCUAGACUCGACUUUUUCAUCUCAAAUGGAUCUUAUUCUAGGACAUGCUGCCCUCGGUUCGUGUGAUCCAAACGGGAUCUCCCUCGGAAUAUUUGGCUCCCAUCUCACAUACUCAUGGCCACGCUUCCUAGAAGAAGUUCCUGCUUGCCUCCUUGACACAACGCCUGCCGAUGGCACUGUUGGCAACGACAAUGGAGAAUGUGAAACUGCGUGGGAAGCGUGCGCUGUUGGCCAAGGUGCCUUCUUGCAUGAAGUAGGCCAUGCGUUCGGUGCGCCGCACACGACGGGGAUCAUGGCGAGAGGAUAUGCGCAUGACUGGCCGAAGAACUUUCUUCCUCACACAGCAUUUUGCACGCAUACCAAUUCUGAUGGUGAGUUGGUAGUGGACAGUGAGAACGACGCCAGGUGGGAUAUUGCUGAUGCUCUGUCAUUCCGCUUGAAACCACAAUUUCGUCUUCCGGGCGAUACUCCUCUGAGUUCCAAUGACAAGACAAGUAAACCGGCGUUCGAAGUGCUUGACCAUGAAGGCCUCCCUAGCAAAAUCAGCAUCAAACACAGAGUCGGUCUUGCCUGUGUGCAGUUCAACGGUGUUUCGGAACCUGUGCCAUCUGUCACUCAACCUUUGCAAAAUGUCGAGCACAGUAUUGCUGAACUCGAGAAGCGCUUUGGCAAAGAAACUCCUCUCCAGGUGAAGAUUUUGGGAAUGAACGGCCAGUAUACAACUAUCGGAAACGUUUGGCGAUUGAUAUCUGGCAAUACCAUCCACAUCCCCGGGUCCUCUAUUCUCCUUUGGAAACAUUCUAUCAUGAGCGAAGUGCUAGAAAAACAAGCCGACGACGCAUUAGGAUGGUGGGAAUGGGCAGUGCUCCUUCAUCAAAUCAAGGACGGAAAACUGUCUCGAGCAGUGGCUGUUGAUAUGCGUGUGGGCGCGAUCAUUGAUGGAGCUGUUGUGUACUAUGACAACGGAGAGAAGGUCCCUUGUGGACCUCGUGUGACGAGGGACCAAGUGCCUAUCCAGUUCGGUGGCCAUCUAUCCAGGAAGAUAGACAUUCCCGAAGGUGUUGAGAUCACGAAAGUCGAAAUCACUCGUUCAAGCUGGGCUUUGAGCGGAAUGAGGAUUCACCUCUCCGAUGGAACCGUCGACGGAGCAAUAGAGGACUAUGAUGACCAGGAAGUCCUCACGCUAGAACCAUGGUCUGGCCAUAAGAUCAUUGGGUUUUUCGGUCGCAGUCAAUGGAUGGCAGGCAACUGCUGCCCGGUUCAUGAAUUUGGCAUCAUCACAGCUCCUAGGGACGCUGAGCUUCCGAUGGCUAUAUACACGAUGCCUGAGCUGCAGAACACCGAUGGAGGUGAUACACACGACCCCAAAGGCUAG